GCUCUUGUUGUUGUUAGGGCACUUGUUGUCGUUGUUGUUUUUGCAGCUGCUGCGCUGCUGCUUAUUGUUGUUUUUGUCGACUGACAAACAAGUGUUAUAAACUAUUUGUGGUGCAAUAUUUUCCGCAAUUACCGCUCGACCAGCGUCUUCGCUGCUUGCCAGUCGUAUCCAAAUUGCCUAAAUUGUAGCAACAAAAGCAACAAACAAGCGGCGGUAGCCAGGAACAAACCCAAUCAGGUGAACAAACAACUUAAUCUCGUUGAGAUUGCUGGACUUGACUUAACCGCGCUAUCAAUAUCGGACCGAAAUGAGCCAGAGUCAGAGCCAAGGCCAGCCUGAGGAGAAGGAGGCGUCCAAAACAGAGGUGGACGAGGCAGGAGCAGCGGCAGCAGCAGCCAAGGGCAGUGCCAAGCAACAGCUGGAGACCUAUCGGGUGUAUGUGGUCACCUGGAAUGUGGGCAGUCGCUUUCCGGACAACAUUUCGCUGCGCCAGCUGCUGGGAUUGCAGGACGUGGAUGAUGACACCACCAGCAAGGACCAUCUGCCGGAUAUCUAUGCCAUUGGCCUGCAGGAGGUCAACGCGCAGCCGCAGCAACAGGUGCUGGGUCUGUUCAAGGAGGAUCCAUGGACGCACAAGGCCAAGGAGCUGCUGCGUGCCUACGAUUACGUUGCAGUUAAGACGGAACAGAUGCAGGGACUCCUCCUCAGCAUGUUCGUGCGGCGCCAGCAUGUCGAGCAUCUGCACGACAUCGAGGCGGAGUUCACGCGCACUGGGUUCGGCGGCAUCUGGGGCAACAAGGGAGCAGUGAGCGUCCGCUUCACCCUUUACGGCUGCGGACUGGCCUUCGUGGUCGCCCACCUGGCUGCCCACGAUCAUCAGCUGGACGAGCGAAUCGAGGACUAUCGCCAGAUAUUGGAGAAUCAUCACUACCAUGUGAAACGCUAUCGGGAGAUCUACGAUCACGACUAUGUCUUCUGGUUCGGUGAUCUCAACUUCCGGCUGCAGGGCGAUGACUCGUCGACCGAGGUGCGCGACCUGGUGCGGGAUGAGGCCCAGCACGAGGCUCUAAUUAAGCGGGAUCAGCUGUACCAAGUGCGCGAACGGACGCAGCAGGCCUUUCAGGUGCUGCACGAGCGCCUGCCCGCCUUUCCGCCCACCUUCAAGUUCCGCGAGGGCACCUCCGACUACGAUCUGAAGCGGCGUCCGGCCUGGACGGACCGUAUCAUGUACGCCGUCCAACCGCUGAACAAGCAGCCAGGAAUGCAGCUAGCCAUCGAGCAGUGCUCGUACAAGUCACACCCGGUGUACACCAUCAGUGAUCACAAGCCGGUGACCAGUGAUUUCACCCUGAAGAUGUAUCCCAACGUUCGGGUGGCGGGCGUGGUCUUCUCACCGCUGAGCGUCUGGCAGAUUGGGGAUGAGAACACCGUGGAGUAUCGCAAGCAGGCCGAGUUCGAGGAGGGUCCCAACGAUUGGAUUGGCAUCUAUCCGCUGGAAUAUGCCAGCCUGGCGGACUAUGCCGCCUACGAGUACGUGAAUCAAGCGGAGUCGCCUCCCUCAUCCGAUUCCAAUCACGAGCACGAUCUUUUCGAUACACCGUCGCAUCACCGACGGGGGCGGCAUCAUCACAAGAAUCGCCAGCGGCUGAGGCGACACCAGGAGGCCAAUGCCCAGGAGCAGGUGCGCCUGGACUUUGCCGACGAUGUGGAGCUGCGGCACGGUGAGCAGUAUGUGCUGAUCUACUUCCGGAGCACUGGAAUCAGGGGCGUGACCAGCUUGGCGGGCAUCAGUGGCGCCUUUGUGGCGGAGAAGCGACGCGGAUCACCGCACCGAACGGAAUACCAUGUUGACUAGCUGGCCGAGGCCCUGGACAUCUAUAUACUCUAGUCCCUAAAAGACUCCUCCCGCUAUAUAAUGUAAUCCCUUACUGACACUUUGUGACUCUGUUAAGUUUGUCCUUGUUUUUUUGUGCUUGUUGAUGUACAUAUAUAGCCCCGAUACAGCCCCACCCCACAGAUAAAUACGUUUUGUUUGUAAUAAUUAUACAAUUAGUGAAUCAAUCGUGUUCUCUACUCCUUCCGAAUCCCUUCCCUUCCAGAUUUCCUAGACCCAAUUAACCAUUCCCAGAGUCCUGCUUUCGUUUGCUAAUGCGUUCUGUUUUGGUUCUGUUGUCAUUUUGUUAUUUUUAAAUAUUUAACCGGUUUCGUAAAGGUUAAUUACGCCACACACAACCACCGCAAGCUAUGACACACCCGCACAGUGGGUCAAGAACUGAAUGCUAGGGUCAAACCAAAUGGUAAUCUUUUUUUUUUUUUUUUUUU